AAAAGUAUCAUAUUCAUAUGGCUUCUUCUCCUUGGAAAUGUUAUUGUUCAGUUGUUCCACUCUCUGUGUCUCCACUCUCCACCCAACCCGUCACCCUUUAAUAUUAUUAGUGAAGAGAAAAUAUGUAAACAAAAGAUUGGGCGGUAGAUGCAUGAGUAAAAUAGCAACCUACUUGGGGUUUAUUUCUAUAUAUAUUAUUUUGUAAAAUCAUCUACCUCUCUUUCUACUUAAUCACUGAUCUCUCUCUCUCUUUCAUUCACCAAUCACCAUCCCCUUUUGCGAUCCCACAAAAAUAAAAACCUAAAACUUGUCCAGGAUUCUCGAUUUUCCCAAAACUGCUAGUAUUAUCUAACUUGAUUUUUUUGCUUUUUGGAAAACUGGAAAAGAGAAAUGGUGAGCAUUCGAAGACGGAAGCUCUUAGCAAUGUGUUCUGGUAGAAAUUCUCUUCUGGCUCAACUUUCAUGGGUUAACACUCCUCAAAUUUCUGCAGAGAACACAAAACCAAUCAGUGUUCAUACUCUUCCGUCAAAAGACGAUUACAAGCCAGAAGAAGACAUUGCUUUGAAAAGUGGGUCAGGUUCUUCAAAUGGCUCUGCUUCAAAUUCAUCAAAAUAUCAUGGCCUUCAUCAAUUUCCUGAAAUCAAACGCAGAAAGUGUCAUAGGAGGAAGCAAGUUGAAAAGCAAGAGGCAUGCAUCAUGAGAGGUGUGUAUUUGAAGAAUUUGAAAUGGCAAGCUGCCAUCAAAGUCGACAAGAAACAGAUCCAUUUGGGUACCGUUGGCUCUCAAGAAGAGGCUGCUCGACUGUAUGACAGGGCGGCUUUCAUGUGUGGAAGGGAGCCCAACUUUGAACUAUCUGAGGAGGAAAAGCAGGAACUAAGCAAAUUCAACUGGGAUCAAUUUUUAACCUUCACUCGCUCUGCCAUCUCUACCAAGAAGAGUCAGAGAUAUAGUGGUAGUUCAAGAAAAAAACACGAAGCCAAUAUUGACUGGGAAGGUGAGCAAGGGUGCAAUGACUUUUCAGCCUCAGAAGACGAUACAUUAGCUCCUUGACCAAAAUCCUCUUGUCUAAAAAGAAAUUCAAAUUAAGCAAUUAUAUUUUAGCCUAUGCUGCCAUUCUUGUUUCUAUUCAAUUCCUGUGUAUAUAUUUUAUACAUAUGAGAAUCCCUAUUACUUAUUAGGGCCUAUCAUGAUUGGUGUAGCAAUAGAUGAACCACACACUAUUUUGAGAUUAUCUUCAUUGUCAGCUUAAAAUUCUUCAUGUCAUUGCACAGUUGAAUGUGUUAAUGGAAAUGCAUUUUGAGAACAGCCUUCACACUUCUUACAUGUUGUAGUAUGAUGCUUUAGCUGACAUUUUCUAAUUCAGG